AUGUUAUCGUGCACUUACUCCAUCCUCUGGCGGCCAUUAAGAAAAUUGGCCACGAUUCGGGCCAGUUGCGUCAUCGAGCUCGGUCGUAUCGCGUCCAGUCUUGCAUUAUCUGCGCCCGGCGGUGUCUGUCGGCCGAGUGCAUUCCCUCAAAUCCCCAACCUGCAUAGACAAAACCCCAGCGCUCCGGCCGCCGCCACCCCACCUGAGCGUCCCUCUCCCUCCGUCUGCUGCCACGUGUGCCCCGUCUCUAUCGCGCCACGAAAUCGCAUUCGGCCGCUUUCGUUCGCUCUCGGAUGCAAUAGCCGGUGCGGCUCGCAGCCAAACAUAAUUUUCAGUCAGUCGCUUUCCGACCGCGGUGGGAGGUGUAUCGUCGCGGGCCGGCUCUCCCGCGUCCGUAACAUCGCGAUCAACGGACCGCUAGUGCAGGGAUGUUUGUUCGCAGAUAGUGCGCCCCACAAAACUUGGCGGGCCGCGUCCUACCGCGCACCUUUGAUAUCAGUGUUGGCUGGGACAAUCAGGACCGAUCUGGCCAAGUUCGAAAUAAGCGAGUUAAUGUUAUUCAAAACGUGUCGCUACGUUUAUGCUAACUGGGAGACCUUGCACGACCGCGCCGACAGCGAAAGAGCGCUGGUCUGC